AUGAUCGAGGAGGCCAGGAAGAUCGCGCUGGCCGCCGGGCCGCAGGGGCUGUCGCAGGAGGAGGCCGCGGAGGUGUGGAGCAACGUCGAGGUGCUGUGCGACGAGAAUGGGUGCCGCCCGAUGUACCCCCCGGAGGACGCGGUCGCGGAGGUGCCCGUGAUGCUCCGCUCCCUGCACGAGGACGACCUGGAGACGGUGUGCGACGAGACGGGCUGCGCGCUGCGGCACAUUGACGAGGUGGCUGACGUGAUCAAGGAGCAGGGCGGCGGCGAGAUCCCGACGGACAUCGAGUCCCUGCUGAGCGACGCGAUGGACAAGGCGUCCGGCCACUGA